UAGAUGAACACUGGUGGAUCCCAGCACCGACACGCUGACUGCUGAGUCCUGCAUGGCCGAGGAUGCACCAGAGGAUCUCACCUUCCCCAGUCAAUCAGUUUCCUCCUUAGUGGCCUCUUCUUUUUUCCAGCACUUAAACCGCAAAACUGAACUCCUCUCUUAUUUGAUCCUGUGUUGCAAAAAUGCCAUUCAUUCCACCGGUGUCCAUUUCAGGCUCUGUGUCAGGACUGACCGGGAAGGAAAGACCUAUCAACAACACUUCCUCUACAACUACUUUGACCAAGGUCCGAAGAGAAGACAAAGCCAGCAGCUCAGUGAAGGAGCAACAAGCUUUGAACCUCAAACAGCUGGGGAAGAAGAGCCAACCCAGAAGUCAUCUGCCAACCGCCAAAGGGGUGUCAGGGACAGAGUUGCUUGCAAAGAGAAGGGAGAAAUUGCUGCAUUCAUUUCAAACAGACAGCUUUGUAGCUUUCAGCUCGGCUGCGUCCCUGUCUAAAAUGCAGAAGAACAAACAUGUGAGCCAGAGCUCUGUGAAGACUGAGUCAGAGAUGAAGACGAGGGGCAGGCAUCACAAGGAGGUCAGUUUCACACUCACUCUCACACCUGAGGCUGUCCUGCUGCUGCAGCGGAGGAACAAUGAAAGAAAUCAACAUUCAGCAUCCAGAAAUGCUGGACGUGGUGGAGGCGUUUCCGGAAGCACCUCAGACUCCAGAAGCAGGAGGGAAAACAUCUAUAAAUGCCAUACACCAGAAACAAAGAGACGCAGCACUCCAAACAGCAGAGUCACUGCUAAAAACAACUGUGAUGCUGAACUGGGAGACAUAAGCUCAAUUGUGAAAAUCUCCCUUCUGAAUGAGCAACAUAAGUAUGAUGAUGUAGAGUAUGAGGAGGAGGACCAUGGUGUGGAUGAGUGGGUGAUGCUAAAAUGUACAGAGUGGCUCCGUGGGUUGGAAAACACACCGACAACAGUGGGACACAGCCUGACUAAGGGUCCACGUGGUGUGAAAAAGUUUCUAAAGAUAAAAUGAGAAGUGUUGCUUAAAUGAGGUGUCAUUUUCCAACCUGAGAAUGAGCUGCAGUUUCUGUUUGUGCUAGUUGCUAUUUGAAGAUGUUCUUAGAAGAUGUGUCAUGUAUCUUCUGAUCCUUGCUCCCUUGCUCCAUGUUUCUCUUUUGCUGGGCCUAGUCAUGCCAAGAUAUUCAUCCAUUGUGACAGUUUUUGUUAAAUGUAUUGAGGACAUCAUGAGAUGUUCUGUUCCUGCUGCUUUGUUUGAUUCAUCCCCAGAGACGGAGGGGAUGUAAAACUUAAGACAUUCAAAUUUGCACAGAAAUGAUGCACAAGACGAGUAUUUCCUUUUAAUGCAAUGGUGCAGCCAUACAAAUCAUGCAGUCUUGA